UGUAGUACAAAGCAAAGCGAGUUGUGUCAAGAAUUACUGCGUUUUUUACGAAAAAUAAUCUCAAAUUACAGUAGGAAAAUGUAGAAUUAAUUGUUCACGUAAAGCUAAUUAUAUAUGAAAUAAAUUCAUUGAUCAUAUUUCCAGUUAUCAUCGUUAUCUUAGACGUCUUCGCUAAUAAAAAUUGAUGUGUCAAAGUGCACGGGAAUAGAAGGGACGAUAAAUUAUCACUUUUUAAGCUUAAUUAGACAGUGUAUUAUAUUUUACCAGCGUUAUUUUGCAAUCAUAAGGUACAAUGAAGUGUAAUUGAAGGAUUUUGGAGACAAGGGUGGAAUAGGGCGUGUGAUCCGACUUGGCACAUCUGGCGAAGUGGCGACCCUUUAUUACAAUUUCUCUUCCUUCUCAUUAAUUGGCGGAUUAUUUAUUGUUGACCCAAUAUUCUAGACCUGCACAUGCUAUAUUUUGAAACGAAAACUUCAUGCCUUGAGAUUAUUUUGCGUACCACGUAUCUUUUUAUUAUUGCUUAUCCAAAAAAUGUUAAUGUAACAUAGUGUAUUAAUUUUCAGUGAUUUUUAAACAUUAGAUGUACAUAUUAAUUAGUUGUGUGUUUAUAAGCGAACAGUCUGCUUAGUGUUGUGAUGUGUGUAUCAAGUGAUUAUAAUAUUUUAACAUAUUGUGAACCUAUUGAGUGAUAAAAUUAAUAAAAUGGCUAAGAAAUCGGAUAAUACCGGCGGUAAGCUGGUCACAGUUUCUGUCGUUGGACUUUCUGGUACUGAGAAGGAGAAAGGGCAGCUCGGUGUCGGCAAGUCUUGCCUCUGCAACAGAUUCGUUCGCACACACGCCGAUGAUUACAAUGUUGAUCACAUCUGCGUGUUGAGUCAGUCGGACUUCAGCGGGCGCGUGGUAAACAACGACCACUUUCUGUACUGGGGCAGCGUCUCCAAGGAGAAUGAUGACCAGGAGUACAGGUUCGAGAUCGUGGAGCAGACCGAGUUCGUGGAUGAUGCCUGUUUUCAGCCGUUUAAAGUCGGCAAAACUGAAACUUACGUUAAGAGAUGCGUCGCCACAAAGCUUCAGUCUGCUGAAAAACUGAUGUACGUUUGUAAAAACCAGCUCGGUAUAGAGAAGGAGUAUGACCAGAGACUGAUGCCGGAUGGGAAGCUGUCUGUCGACGGUUUCCUGUGUGUCUAUGAUGUUAGUCUCGUGCCUGGACGGACUUGGGAGAAGCAGAACGAAGUCCUGGCAGCAAUUCUCCAGAACAUUCUAAAGCUCAAGAAACCAGUGGUUCUGGUGACAUCGAAGAAUGAUGAGGCUUGUGACCAAGGAAUCAGGGAGGCUGAGAGGCUGGUGCAGCGUAAGGAGUUCAAAGGCAGCAUCCCCAUCGUGGAGACAUCCAGUCAUGAUAAUGUGAAUGUAGACCAUGCAUUCUUCUUGCUUGCUCAGAUGAUAGACAAGUCGAAGGCUAGGAUUAAGGUGGCCAACUAUGCAGAGGCUUUACGAAUAAGAAGAGAAACGCUAGACUUUGUCACCGAAGCCUUCACCCAGCUCAUCAGGAUGCACGUGCAAGAUCAUAAAGAGAUGUGGUCGGCGGCCAGCAAGAGAUUGUGUCACUACCCCGAGUGGGUCAAGUUUGUUCAGCAGUUUGGAAACGACGGGACACAAGUCGUGUACCGUCGUCACAUUCGAAGACUGAAGGAGGAGCGUUCAGCUAAGAAACUCCGCAAGCAGUUAGCCAAGCUGCCACAAGUACUGUCUAGAAUGCAAUUACCUACCGAGGACUUGCAGGAGAACGACUGGCCGAUGGUAGUCCGUCAGUUACGCACUCACCGCGACUUCUCCGUGUACUUCAGCGAGGGUCGACACCAGGACUCCGGCUCCGAGUCAGGAUCUGACCUGGACAGUCCACUCGCUAUUGAUACCACGCUACGGGUCGGAGAACGGGCUAGAUACCAGACUCUGGGACAGUCGCAGAAGAUUCCUUACGAGAUCCUGGAGUCGAACGAAGCAGCAGCUGUCUUCAAGACCUUCCUGCAUGAAGCGCAGGAGGAACAUCGGAACUAUGAAUGGUGCCAACAAUUCAAGCGUCUCCUAGAAGAGACAGGCUACGUGACUCCCGGCAAGCAGUUGUCGGAAGUACGCGUGCUACUGAUGGGCCGCGAGUGCUACGAGGCGCUCGCCGAGGACCAGCAGCAGAGGGUCUACGACCAGCACCAGCGGCAGAUACAACGCCGGGCUAAGGAUAACUUCCAGGAACUGCUACUGGAGCACGCAGACCUGUUCUAUCACUUCAAGAGCAUAUCGCCGACCGGGACGAUCACUCAGGAGGACAUCAAGGAGAUCACUGAUGUGCUACAGGACGAUUUCAGAUACAAGAUGUUGGACCGCAUGGAGCAGGACCGCAAGCUGAUGUUGUUCCAGCACCUCGGGUUCGUGCACUGCCCCAUGAGGGAGCACUGCCCCGCCGCCGCCAACUGUCUCGACGCCACGCUGCCCGUCAUACUCAACACCAGGGUGGGGUCUCUGACAUCAACGGGAGAGUCUCAGUGCCACGCGGGCCCGCCGGCCGCGCCCUGGGCGCUCACCACUGACUCCAACCAGAUCAACGUCAUUAUUCUUGGCGUGGAAGGCAUAGCGGGUGAGUUCGGCAAGCGACUACUGGCGGGCUGCGACGCGGAGCGCCGCGUGCCCGUGGCCGGCCACGCCUGGCGCGUCGAGCAACGCGUGCGGACCGACGACUUCAGCGCUGACACCACUUGCAUUGAUGACUUCGCUCCUAAUGGUUAUUUCUGCGUUUACCAAGAUCAAGAAUCGUUUGAGUACAUUAGAGGAUGUGCCGAGAAGACGCUGCUGUCGAGCUUAGAACAAGAGGACAAGUUACCGUUUCAGGGUUUGCCAUUGGUGGUGAUGUUCGUUCAAGACGAGGGUCUGGACAAGAAGGAGCUGACCAGGUUGCAGGAAGAAGGGCAGAAUCUGGCUGACAAUCUUCACUGUUCCUACAUGGAAGCAUCAGUGAACGAACUUGGAACUGAAGCACUUACUUCAGACGCCGUGCAAGAGUUAGUUAGAGCCAACAGGGAGAAGGCGAGCUACGCGCAUCUGUACAGAGAUGUUAUCGUGUGCUUCGAUUCUGAUAUCAGGAUAAUGGUUUGCAUGUUCUGCGACGACCCGUAUUCCCCGGAACGCGUGCUGAGUCCAUUACUACUGCACCGCGCCUGCUUCCUCACCGGGGACCGGUCCAUCGUCAUCGAGACGUUCCUAGGGGACUCCAAACGGAAAGUCGAGGUCAUCAUAUCAAGUUUUCAUGGUGCAAGUCAGUUCAGGGAGGAAUUGAUCCACGGAUUCAUUCUCAUCUACUCGGCUAAGAGGAAGGCUAGCUUGGCUACACUGAACGCCUUCUCAAUGAACAUCCCGAACCUGCCUAUCCAAAUGGUGGCUGUUACGGACGGAGGCGGUUCUGCCAGUACUUUCUUCGGCACGGACUUGGGACAUGCACUCAUCACCGAAGGAAAUGCCACCGCAGACAGACUCGCUGCUCACUUCACUACUUAUACUUCUAGUGCUGAAAAUAAAUCGGCGUUCUACACGCCAUUCUUCAAAGAGGUAUGGGAACGUAAGGGCGAGAUAGAGCGCGCCUUCCGCAUGGAACAACCACACAACCUGCCCGACGUCGCCGCCGCUAGACCCGCGCCGCCGCCCAGGAACCAUUCCUAUCAUCUUAACCAUAUGCGUGAGCACAAGUUGACCAACUCGUUGGAUCUCCUCAUCGGGCCCGACUCCCGCGCAGACAUCGACUCGGAAUACAGCGACACACUCAACAACUCCAAGAAUAGAGGAUUUCUGAAAGGUUUUAGCGUAUACCCUCCACCUAGCACGCCCCCAGAACCAGCCCCACCAGAUCACAGGAUGCACGCAGAUUUGUCACCGGACCUCAACUGUUCGGAGGAUUCCCUCAGCACCCAUGAGUCAGAUGGUGGUGGUCUAUGGCAACCAGCUAGCUAUGGACACAGAGCGUUCACAACGGGACGCACUCGACCUCAUCAGCCACCGCCUAGAGUACGGCAUUCACAGACGUUGAAGCAACCUGGUAAACUGGAUAUGAAUAACUACACGAUGGUCAGCGAUGCACUACAACACAUCACAAUCGGACCUCCUGCUCACUCUAGAUCCGAUAGAAAGACGCAGCGCACUGGUUGGACUCACUCCAGUGGCCAACAAGGCGGGCACCAUCAUCAUCCGUCCGGAGUCAGCUCCGAGACUGAGCUGGAUGCGCAGUAUGCACAGAUAAAAGAAACGAAUGAGUACAUGGAGGCGCCAUCUAUGAUGCGGUUACGGAGACAUCGGAGACACGAUAAGACGCCGUUACACCAGCCAUCAUUUUCCGAGACGGACAGUUCAGGUUCGAGCUCCGGGUCGGGCGGCGGCAGUGCGGGCGCCAGUCGUGCGCACGUACGACGCCGACAUAACGCGCACCAUGCGCCUAGACACUAUAAGAAACGAUCGUUAGGCAAUUUGGUAGCGGUCCAGAGCCCACGUGUGCCCAAGCUGGGAAUGUUCGUGGGACCGCCCGAACUGCCCACUGGGUACAGAGCCAGAACGCAAGAGGAUAAAGCUGCGAGCGAGUCCAGUGAAGGCAGUUCGGACGGAGAGUCCCGGAGGCCCAGGCCUUUGCCACCCCCGCCUCACCACGAACCAACCCAUAAGAUACUGUCAGGGGAAUAUCCAUCAUCAGCUCAGGACAACUCGUCAUCAAGCGCGGCAGACACGCGGCGACGCCAUCCCUUUAGCAAGCAUGAUCGUAGGCAUAAGGAAUUCUCAAAGAGCAAAGACUCAAAGAAGAAUGCGGCUCAGAUGAACAACACACAGAAUCCACAGAACUGGGGUCCACAGGGCGCGCACGGCAUCCCCCUGUUCGUGGAGAAGUGCGUGGAGUUCAUCGAGCGCGAGGGGCUCGGCUCCGAGGGACUCUACAGGGUGCCCGGCAACCGGGCUCACGUCGACAUGCUCUUCACCAAGUUUUAUGAAGAUCCUAAAAUAGAUUUAGACUCACUGGACAUACCUGUGAACGCGGUGGCGACUGCACUGAAAGAUUUCUUCUCGAAGAGAUUGCCGCCGCUACUCGACGAGCCUAGCAUGGCUCAGCUUGAAGAUAUCGCCACGAUGCGCGGCUGCUUCGCGGGCGGCGUGGAGCUCAAGGACCGGUCGUGGCGGCUGCUGGCGCUGCGCUCGCUGCUGCAGGCCGCGCUCACGCCGCUGGCGCGCGCCACGCUCGACUACCUGCUGCACCACUUCGCCAGGGUCGCAGACAACUCCAAGCUAAAUUCAAUGGAUAGUAAGAACUUGGCGAUCUGCUGGUGGCCUACCCUUCUUCCAGUGCAGUUCUCAGACAUGGGUCGAUUCGAGAUGACCAGGCCGUACCUUGAGGAUAUAGUGCAGACCAUGAUUGACCAACACCCCUUUCUGUUCCGGGGGCAAGAAGCUUUUGUUAUGGUGUGAGGACAGUGUGAACCCACAAUGCAGGUUGCAUUCGUGAUGGACGACGUUUGACGUCGUCGCGCUUUGGUUUCGUGACCGGCGCCAUAUUGCCCAACGAUGGGCCCCCGCUUACCAUACGAUAUAUAGCGCGUAAGUUAUGGCUACUAUGUGUACUGUACGACGUGGACGUGAGACGUGACGUCAUUUGACAUCAAACAAAUGACGUCACAAUUCACACACACCCUAUACAUACGAUAUUGCGAUUAUUAAAAUUCAACCUUAAGUAAUCGCAAUGACGUCUCUUUAUUGGCAAGCUAUUGUUGUUCUAAAAGUAGGUUUUUACUAUAUAUAAAUUAUCAUGUCUGUCGGUCGGUAUUCAGUAUAAUUAGACGGAUAAUGUUUAUUUUUCCAUGCGAAUUUUCAUAUCAGUGACGCUUAGUGAUCGCGUAUCGACGUUGCUUGCAUUAUAUAUAUAAUUUCCACCCAUUAUUUUACGUAAUACACAAAUAAUUAUAGAAGUUAUCCAAUUAUAAACGCAUUUUUAUAGUUCUAAGAUGAAAUGCACAAAAAAGUAUUUAAACGAAAAUGUUUUUUAAUAUAAGGUAACACUGGUAUGGUAUUUAAACAAUUUAUAUUUGUAAUCUAUUAAUGGCAACACCAUAUAUUAAGCACAUUCCGUUCAAAAAUAAUAAGUGUUAAUAAAUUAUUGGAAUAAUUGAUAAUGAUAGUUAUUCUAACCUGGUUUGGAUAAGUCGUAUAAAGAAAUGCUUGCGGGCGCUUGUUUUUUUAAAUAUUUUUAUAUGGCAACAUUUUUGUGGUGACGUCACGUGUCUCUUGUGUAUUGGCUGGUUUUAGCCGACUUAAAAAGUAGGAGGUAUUGUAUUUAAAUAUUCCCAAUCCCCGAUUAGGCAAUUGUUUUCUUUAUAUUACUGCAGCUAAAAUAAA